AUGAUCUAUAUAGUGCUCCUAGCGCUCUUUGCGUUACCCAAGGCAGUAUCUCCAGCUGCCAACCAAAACGCAGCUGAGUACAGAGCUUUAUGCGAUUUAAUAGCGCUCAAGGAGUCCAUUUCGACGUUAACUGAACCAACAGCCGACACUGCAGUUACAGACAUCGUUAACGACAUCGAAAUGCUGAACAUAUCAACGGCCACAGACAGUUUCAUAGCGGACAGAGAUGGCGAACUUAAAGAGACAGAAUCGGGAGUCAAAAAAAGCGAAAAAGAGGCAUGGCAGGAAAAGAUAAAAAAGCUCGAUCAAGAGACAGGAGAACCCAAAACUGUCAAAUACAAAAGACUAAAAGACAAAACGACGCGUGGGCCAGCAAACCAAAACAUCAACAAGUUGCUGCAACGGGCUCAGCAGCUGAAAAUUGCUUACGAACAACAGAUCUCAGAGGCGAAAUCAAAAAAAACAGCGAUUACAACAUCAAUUAAAAACGCUAUUUACGGAAAAGGACAGGAAGACUUCCAAGAAAAAGCACUUGACACCAACGACGCAAAAAACAACUGCGGAAAAGCGGCAGGCAGCGAAAACGUCGGUCAAAGCCUAAGCAACGACCUGGUGUGCCUUUGCAUACCGGACCAAGGCGCGAACGGAAACGACUUGUGCGAACACGGGCUGCAACCAACAGCGGUAGCCGUAGCAAACCGAGGCAGCCAAACCACACCACAGUACACCACCAUGGUCAACGGCUGCAAACUGCAGCAUCGGAAAAGACAACUGACGCCAUAUUUAAUAAUCCAACGCCUCGCAGCGUUUGACAGCCUUUUGGGCAGACAAGCGCAAACAGCGACCACAGCAGCGGCGACAAGAACACUUGGCAAACCACACAGCGAUGGAAACUGCGACAACAGCGCAACCCAGGGCAUGUGCGUCAACUAUAAGCAGCAAAUAGAAACAGCAACCACAGGCAUCCCAUGGGUAGCACAACUAACCCAAGCCGCCCAUGAUUUAACAGCAAUGAACAAAGCAACAGAACAUGCGGCAGCCAUCAAGACACAACUGGAGAGCAUUCAAGCGAGUGCUUGGGCUGUCUACGCAGCGGCGGUAAACACCGAGCUCAACCAACGGCACCCAAAGCAAAACGAACAACCGAUACAAGCAACAACAGUCAACGACAACAAGUGCAAGCCAACAAACGCAACUCCUGCCGAAUGCCCAAGCGACCAUUGCGUUUAUGACGAUAAAGCAACAGAUGGUAACAAAUGCAAACCUAAACCAGGAACAGAAACCACAGCAGCAGCAGGAACAGGAGAGACACCAAAAGAGGGAGCAGCUGCAACUGGGUGUGUAGCACACAAAGAUAAAACCACUUGUGAAAAUGACAAAACAGGCGACAAGCAAAAUUGUGCAUGGAGAAGGGGAAAAGAUAGUGAGCCUGACCGAGAAAAAGAAAUGUGCCUUGAUUCCAGUUCUCUUGUCAAUAAGAAGUUGGAUCUGAUGGCUGCUGCUUUUGUGAGCUUGGUAAAAUUUUAG